AUGUAUCAUGAUCCCGAGGUUUGGCCGGUGGAUGGAAGUCCUACAAAUGUGGCACGUGCAAACAGGAACCCAAAAAGGAGUCAAAGCCCUCAUCUGAAACUUACCAACACGGUCUGCAUCGCAUCUGUUGGCCGUCAAGACGUAUACACCUCCCUAGAUACACUUUUGAUAAGAGCGUGGGGCCCUUGGGGUCCCAACUCAUUGAUGCGUCCAUAUGCGAAGAGAGCGGCGGAGGCGAUCACUAAGGCCGUACUGAGGCCAAGGUUCCGGGAAGAGACAGCGAAAGGGACAGAACUGAAGGCGGAACCUGUCAGAAUCUCAAGAGUGUACACACAUUUAGAGACAGUUGUACCGAUUCGAAAGUAUGGAUCGACUCCAGACUCUGCGUUCAACCUUCCUAAGCACUCUAUGCCACUGCCUCUCAAACUGAGAAGAAGUUCCCAAAAGGAUAUUAUAGACGAAACGGUUCUACUGUUCCCAAACUCUGCAGACGACCAGAGCUCAGAUACCCAGGAGAAGAAACACGGAAUUCUCAGACUGAGCGUGUUUCCUAAAACUAGUAGAAGCCAGAGGAGGCCUAUGGAAAAGCGAUUGACACAGCGAAUCCAAUCCAUAACUUCAUCGCGCAAACCUCGAGGAAUCACUCCAGAUCGUUCUUCAACAGCAACCUCCGCAAAACAUGACCAACACAGAGACGACCUCGUAGUGACGAAUCCACAGACAAUACCUAUAGUGCGAAAGAUCCGAAUUGGCACCGCUGCCUCAGUUGAGCCUACGGGGCAUCGUAACGUUGUGCGAAGACACUACACAGGACCUAUGCAGUCCUGUCCAAAAUUUACAUAUCACUCUGCAAGAAGCUUCGAUAACGGAGCCCUCACUCGUUCAACCGUGGAUUCUGAUGGCAGCCUAUUCGCGAUUUAG